AAAUUUUUUCUUUAAAAUAAAAUUUUAAUUUAUAAACCCAAAAUAAGCUCUCACACUGAGAGUGCCCUAGCCGCCGUGCCGCCUCAUCGCUGACCAGCCUACUGCUGCCGUAGUCACGCCGCGCCGCCUUCACUCUCUCCCGGCGACAUCCGAUACACUAAAUUUAGGAAGAUCUCGUUGAUGAUUUAUGCCUUGCAAAGUUUGAUAUUUGCAGUUUUGAGUAUCUGAUUGAGAUGAAGUACUUGAAGCCACUGAAAUUGUAUCAAGAAUUUUUAAAGUCAAGUGAGGUCAAACCAGGCCGUUUGCUUGGCUUGGAUGUAGGUGAUAAGUACAUCGGCCUCUCUGUUUCUGAUGCUAAUAACGUAACAGCAUCGCCCUUAAGUGUCCUAGUACGUAAAAGAACAAAUAUCGACCUGAUAUCUACCGAUUUCCAGACUUUGAUUUCCGGACUUUCCCUGGAAGGCUUUGUCAUUGGCUAUCCUUUCGACAGGCAUAAGAGCAACCCAGAUGCAGUGCAAGUGAAGCUUUUUAUCGAUGAUCUCAAUAAAACAGGGAAGUUUGAAGAUUUAAAGUACACAUUCUGGGAUGAGUGCUUUACAUCAAAGAAUGUUGAGUUUCUCGUGAAGCCUUUGACAUUGCAUCCAGUACAACUCAAGACAAUUAUGGACAAAUUUGCUGCUGUAGGAAUCCUUCAGGGUUACCUGGAUUUUGCUAGCAGAAGUCGAGGUCUAAAUCAAGAAACUGAAACUUUGCUUGAUGAAAAAAUUGACUGAUGAUCUCGACUCAUGAACACUAUAGAGUGGGAAAAUCAUACAAUUUUUAGCACGUGGAGUGUUUUAAUAUCCACGUCUCUGUUACUAUUCCGAGUGAAAUAACACAUCAGCGUCCGACACCAUAUGGUUAUCAUACCUGUCCGUCGUUCUUUUUAUCACGCGAUGAAACGAGCCCUAUGUGUAUGUAUGACUCUACGGAGUCUUGUGGUUUGCAGACCAUUGUAUUUUCAGACAUAUAUUGUUACUCACAAAUCAUGGUGUGAUUUAUCUAUGUUGUUUGGUUUGCAUUAAUGAAAUGUUCACUUGUUUGUGAAA